AUGGAGAGCCCGCAGCCGCAGCCGUCGUUUUGGGCGCGCGUGCUGCCGCUGGGCGACCGCAAGAAGCUGGUGGGGCUGGGCUUCAUCCUCGCUGUGGCCGUCAUCUGGGUGGUUGCCAGCUUUGUGGUGCAAGGCAUCGAGGAGCACGGCGCGCACCCGGCGGUGCUGACCCUGGUGGCCAACAGCCUCUUUGCCGUCUACGUCCCCAUCUACUUCUUGAACCUGCGCUGGAGGCGGCGGCGGCAGGCGGCCGCCGCGGAGGCGCACCAGCAGGAGAGCCGGGCGCUGGUGUCGGCCGCGGCGCCGCGCAGCGACGAGGAGGGCGACGGCGUGCCGACGCCGCUGGUGCAGGAGGACAGCCACAACGGCAAGGCGGCGGCCGCCGCGCCGCCCAUGCCCCUCAAGCAGCUCUUCCGCGCCGCUCUCGUCGUGGCCCCGCUGUGGUAUGUUGCGCAGUUCACAUUCAACGUGUCGCUGUCUAAGACCUCGGUCACAUCCAACACCAUCCUCUCCUCCACCUCCGCCCUCUUCACCUUCCUCUUUGCCAUCGCCCUGCUGGCCGAGGCAUUCACGCUGUGGAAGCUGGGCUUCAUCCUGCUGCUCAUUGUCGGCACCGCCAUGGUGACGCUGGCCGACGGCGAGUACAGCAAGGACAAGUCGGCAGCGGAGCAGAGCGUGGCGGGCGACAUGCUGUGCCUGCUGUCUGCUGUGGUCUACGGAGCAUACACAGUCUCCAUCAGGAAGCUGCUGCGUGAGGACGAUGACACUCCCAUGACGAUGUUCUUUGGCUUCAUGGGCCUCCUCAUCUUCCUCUCCGUGGGGCCCCUGCUGCUCAUCCUCUGGCUGGCCGGCGUGGGGCUGGGCACGAUGACUUGGCGCGUGCUGGGGCUGAUGGUGGCCAAGGGGCUGCUGGACAAUGUGCUGUCCGACUAUCUGUGGGCCCGCGCCAUCCUGCUCGUGGGCCCCACCGUCGCCACCUCGGGCCUGGCGCUGCAGGUGCCCCUGGCUGUGGUGCUGGAUGCCGUGCUGCGCAGCCCCGCCUGGCUGAGCCAUGCGGGCAGCACGGUGCUGACGCUGGUGGGCGGCGCCGUGGUGCUGGCUGGCUUCUUCGGGGUCAAUGCGGCGGGCGAGGACGACGAGAAGACGAGGCACGCGCUGUGGGAGGCGCAGCAGGAGGCCCUGCAGCGGGAGCUGGACUUCGAUCUGGAAGAUCCGGAAGAGGAGGAGGCACUGCAUGCGGGGCAGGGCAGCCCCCCACCCCGCCCCCAGCACACUCUCGCCAUGGAGCAAGCGCUGCGGCGAGAGCUGCAGUUUGGUUCCGCGGGCACGGCGUCCGGCAACGCCCCGGCUCAUGGCGGCGGGGGCCCGCCCAAUGGCAGCAUGCAGCAAGACGGCACAGACACUGUUGACAUCGCUGAUCCCAAAGCAGGCAAAGCGGCGCUGCUGGAGGCGAUUGGAAAGAAAGACUAG